AUGUCGUCGGAUCCUUGCUCCACCUUUUCGUCUUUUGCUUCUUCUUUGCGCUCCCCUUCUUCGCCCUCUUCUUCUACACAGUCGUUGCCACCAUGGCGUUUCCCCGGACCAUCUUCAACAUUCCACAAGGCCGAGAAAGCUCGGCCGGCGCAUGAGCGUAACCAGAGCGCGUAUACUCCACGCGGACCAGUGCUGAGCACGGAGAAGCGAGCGCAUCGCCGCGCGGCGCACGGGAGCGUCAGCAGCGUCCCAUCGCCGCCUCCAAGUGAAUACUCACGUAGCCCGCUGUCCCGCUUUCCCAGUUACUCGACCGCUGCUCACCGUGCUUCCGCAAUGGCGAACCCCGCCACGCCUGCAAAACACGUGCGUCGCACUUCUUCGCUCAACGACUCUCCAUUCUCGGACUACUUUUCGGAUGACGCUCGGUCAGCAAUUUGCAAUACCUCCGCACCAGAUGAAAUUAAGCAGCUGCUUCUACGCAUGAACCGCCUGCAGUCUCUCAUUAUGCGCGAUCAAUGCCGUGACGCCAUUGCGCUCGUUGGUCGCAAAUUGACCGAGAUCGAAUUGGAGCUCAACACCAUGCAUUCCGAGACCCGCCUAGAUAUUGAAGACUCUGCUGUCUUUAUGGAUCAGGGCUAUGCUCAGAAUAUCAGCGCUCCCAGCUCGCCGAGCCGCAAGCCUGCCAGUCGCGCACCACCUAUCAAGCCAAUUCCCGAAUGCCAAGAGUGUUUGGAGUGUGGUGGUGCAGUCUUGGAUCGCAGUGCGCUUGUCUCUGCGGACCACUUCCGCGCUGAGCGUGACUAUCUCAACCUUCGCAUGCAGGAACUUGUGGAAGGUCUGGGAUCCGCACAGUCGGAACUCAGCAACCGCUAUCACGAAGUGCGCGAGAUGAACGAAUCUCACAAUGCUGCGAUUGAGGAGCGCGAGGAGAAGAUUGAGAAACUCCGCUCCGAGAAUGAAAGCCUGCGUUCGGACCUCGGAUUCGAGUACUCUGAGCUGCUAUUCCUCAAGCUGCAGAUGAAGUCCAUGGAAGUUGACGUUGACGAUAUCGUUGAGCCCAACGUGUCAGAUGCCAUCACAGUUGACGAUGUCAGAGCUACCAGGGCGAGAAUUGAGAAGAAGAACAAWAUCUUGUCGGAGAUGGACCGCUGGCGGGCUGAUUGGCAGGAUGUAAACUCUCGUUUCAAGCGAAGGCGAACCAAGUAUGGAGAGCCAUUGGCGUCUCCCCUUGUUGAGCCCGAAUCCGGUGAGGUUGAAUGGCAGUUGGAGACCGUCAAGGAGGGUGGUCGCGGGCGCGUCACGAGUUUGACCAUUACCAGACUUGACAACACUCCUGGUAUAGAUGCGAUCUUGCUUGCGGAUGCGGAUGCGACUGCCCAAGCUGUGGGCGAAAGUACGACAGACAUGCCAUCGCCAUCAUCAUCACCAUCUGCUCCUGUUGCUGUUGCUGGCGAAGUUGGACUACCUGUUACCGAGGUACCUGACAUGGCAAGACUUGAGCCAGCGAUGGAGCAAGGCGACGAUUGCUCUGUCAUUACUGCUUGUUCAGACGACGACAGAGAAGAGUUUCAUGAUUCUGAAGACAAGGAUUUGGAGGAGCAAGACGAGUUUGAGGUUGAAGUUGAGGAUGAGAACGAGGAACAACAAGAUGACGAGGAAGAAGAUGACGAAGAAGAAGAGGAAGAAGAGGAGCUGGCCCCUUCGCAGCACGAAGCCGUGCAAACAACACCCCAAGUAUCCGCCUGGCGGGAACUCUGGGCAUCCCUGGCGAGUCUCUCCGGCCUUCCUGAUGACGACGAUCAGGAAGAUUCUUACGAAGAGUAA